CAUAUAUCUGUGUCCUAGGGGAGCAGCGCACAUGGAGUACUGAGGAAAUCAACACAACCCUGCCGUGGAUUGCUCUAGGGAACACCACGGCCCAUUUAUGGCCUCCGUCAUCCAUCGACUAUGGCCCCAUCCUCUCACCCAUAUACAUGCAGCACUGGGAUACAUUCUUCCCAGACCGCCUUGCCGAUGAUAGUGACGUUCCCUGAUUCCUCGUCACGGGGAGAGGCUCAUGAAACUCAAUGAGUGUACCGCCUGUUUCUAUCCAUCGACUUGAUCAUUUCCUAAGCUCCUGUUCUGGGCAUUGGCUCGAGAAUCAGACGCUUGUUGAAAGCGCUAAGACGAGCUGUAUAGCAACACACCAUUAUGUCUCGCGGUGUCACGGGACCAACAUCGGCUCUGACCGAAUUCCUGCGGGAGAAAGGAAUCACCGCAAGGGGAAAUAUCAGCCGAUUUUCGCGCAGAUCCGAAACGGGCACGGAGCAGAAUACAUUUGCUCUUAGUGAAGACGGGCAGGGCUUCACUUCCUUUGCAGGUGCCGAUGUCGAUGACGCUUCCGCUGCCGCUGCCGGCGGGGAGGCAGGUCCAAGCAACGCCGUAGCUGGUCCCUCCACCACACGAUUGGACAGGAGAGACGGCAAACGCAUAAGUGCCACGCAGGACGCUGGUGAUCGUGGCCAAGCGGAUAAGCUCGCAGCGCUGGCCAAGGUAAAAGCCCUUGCUAAGGCAAGGACAGCUGCGGCAGCGAAGAAGCGCAAGUCAUUCAAAGAGAGCGAGGACGAUGACGAUGACGAAGAAGACGGCUAUCAAGAAGAAUUGAGCUUGACAAAGGCAGCGUCUGCUCGGGCUGUCAAGAGGCAGGCCAUGGGGUCCGGCUCCGGGCCGAAUGCAGCCAUGAUCAAGGUCAACCCUCCCGCAUCGAUGGUCAAGCCCAACGGCGCACUGGCGUACUGUGGGAGUUGCCGGAAGCGCUUUUCCGUCACCCAAUACACCUCGUAUAUUGCCAAAGGCCCCAUCUGCCACAAGUGCGGCACGAAGGUAGACGCCGCCAACACCAGCGAAGGAUCAGCAGCUGCCAACAAUGGUGCUGCGAAGAAGAGAGCAGCAUCGAGGCGUAAAUUGAUUCAGCAGCAGAGCCGGAAGGUCGUUCCCACAUUACAAGGGCUAUGUAUUAGGCUCAUCAGCAACAGCAUUGAAGACGUCGAAGACCUCGGUGGCAUGGGGGCCGGUAGUGUGGAUCGCAUCAGUAAGAGCAUUUCCAAAAAUCGCAGUCUUAACACCAGUACUCUCAAGCUGUUCCUUUCGCCCGCCAUCAAGUCCCUCCGCCUGUACGACUGCAGCAAGCUCGAUUCUGACUCGCUCCGUACAAUCCCGGACUUUUGCCCCCAACUUGAAGACAUCAAUCUGCAGUUGUGUGGGCAACUGGACAACGAAGCCAUCGACGCCUGGUCAGAUAAGCUGAAUCGCUCACUCCACCGCCUAGAGCUGUACGGUCCCUAUCUGGUGCGCGUCGAAUCGUGGCUGCACUUCUUUGCCAUGGUCGCGUCCAACCUAGAGAGUUUCAAGAUCCGGGAAUCGCCACGCUUCAAUCUGGAAUGCGUGGAGGCGAUGGCGAAGUAUUGUCCAAACAUCACGGAGCUCGGCCUGGCGCAGAUCGGACCUCUGGACGGAAAGUCGCUGCAGCACGUUGCGUGCUAUGAUCAGCUGACCUACCUCGACAUCUCCGAUCCGGGUGUCUCGGCGCCGGGGAUGCCGCCGAAAAGCUUGCAGAACGAGGACAUCAUAAGCCUGCUGAGAUCCGUGGGCAAGAAUCUUGAGUAUCUUGACAUCUCUGGCAACCAGGACCUGACGGACCCCGUGAUCGUCGAUGGCGUCAAGGUGCACUGCAGCCGCCUCAAGGCUCUGAAGCUCGGCAAGCUGGGCCAACUGACCUCAGCCGGGCUGUGCGAGCUGUUCCGCAAGUGGGGGAACGCGCACGGAGGGCUGACGAUGCUCGAUGUGCAACGCGUGCUGCUGCUCGAUGACGUGGCGCUCCAGGCGAUCGUGGCGCAUUCGGGCGCGCAGCUGCAGCAGCUUAACCUGAACAGCGAUAAUUUGCUGACGGAGCAAGGGCUGGCCCGGUGGAUCAGCGCGGACGCGUGCCCGGGCUUGCGCACGCUUGACGUCAGCUUUGUGCGCUGUGUCAACGACAGCUUCGUGCUCGGCUUGAUGCACGUGGAGAGCGUAAGCCAGAUCUGGGUGUUUGGCUGCAACAAGAUCAGUGACUUUAUCAAGUCGAAUCACCGCGUGCAGAUCGUUGGCAAAGAGAAAGACAUUUGAAGAACAGCAUCAAACUCUUCUCUUGUACUUGACCCAGCUGGCUAUUCAAAAAUCGAUGCCGCUUCUUCAGCUUACACAUAUGCGCAUAGCAUAUUGAUACACAGACUAUAUGUUCUAGCCUUACAAAGUGCAACCUCCAUCGUCGCACAAAUUUCAAUGUUCUUGACUUGUC